CCCGCCCCCGCCCCGCCCGCGCCUCGGGCGCACUUCUGGUCGCUGGGCGGCCGCGCUGGCUGGAGUCUCCGAGUUCCGCCGUCUGCCAGCCGGGGCAGCGCUCCCUCUGAGCUUCCCCUGAGGCCCUUCCCCCAAGAGCCGCGGUCGGGCAGCGCCUGGCCGGCGGCCCGCGGGCGGGCCGCCCCUCCCCGCUGUAGCCCACCCGCCUCUUAAAGCGGCGGCGGGAAGAUGAGGUUUCGGGAGCCGCUCCUGGGCGGCAGCGCCGCGAUGCCGGGCGCGUCCCUGCAGCGGGCCUGUCGCCUGCUCGUGGCCGUCUGCGCGCUGCAUCUCGGCGGCACCCUCGUCUACUACCUGGCCGGCCGCGACUUGAGCCGCCUGCCUCAGCUGGUCGGAGUUCCUACACCGCUGCAGGGCGGCUCGAACGGUGCCGCGGCGAUCGAGCAGCCCUCCGGGGAGCUUCGACCCCGAGGGGCCCCGCCGUUGCCGCCUUCGGACGCUUCCUCCGAGCUGCGCUCGGGUCGCGGCACCAGCCCAGACACGGACUCUCAUCCCGGCCCCGGCUCCGCGAGCAACUUGACUUCGGCCCCGGUGUCCUUCACCUCAGCGCGGUCGCUGCUCGCAUGCCCUGAGGAGUCCCCACUGCUCGUCGGCCCCAUGGUGAUCGAGUUUAACAUACCUGUGGACCUGAAGCUUGUGGAGAAACAGAACCCAGAGGUGAAGGUGGGCGGCCGCUAUACCCCCAAGAACUGCAUCUCUCCCCACAAGGUGGCCAUCGUUAUUCCAUUCCGUAACCGGCAGGAACACCUCAAGUACUGGCUGUAUUACUUGCACCCAAUCCUACAGCGUCAGCAGUUAGACUACGGCAUCUAUGUUAUCAACCAGAGAGAGAGAAAGAGAAAGAGAGAGAGGAGUGCCGGCCUAACUCCUGCUGUGACUGCUGCCGCCGUCGCCACCACUGCUGCCACCCUGGCUGGAGAAACCAUGUUCAACCGUGCUAAGCUCCUCAACAUUGGCUUUCAAGAGGCCCUGAAGGAUUAUGACUACAACUGCUUUGUGUUUAGUGACGUGGACCUCAUUCCAAUGAACGACCACAAUGCCUACAGGUGUUUCCCACAGCCACGGCACAUUUCUGUAGCCAUGGAUAAGUUUGGAUUUAGCCUACCUUAUGUUCAGUAUUUUGGAGGUGUCUCUGCUCUAAGUAAACAACAGUUUCUCACCAUCAAUGGAUUUCCUAAUAACUAUUGGGGCUGGGGAGGUGAAGAUGAUGACAUUUUUAACAGAUUAGUUUUUCGAGGUAUGUCUGUAUCUCGCCCCAAUGCUGUGGUUGGCAAAUGUCGGAUGAUCCGCCACUCAAGAGACAAGAAAAAUGAACCCAAUCCUCAGAGGUUUGACCGAAUUGCACAUACAAAGGAGACCAUGCUUUCAGAUGGUUUGAAUACACUCACUUACAAGGUGUUGGACAUAGAGAGAAAUCCGUUGUAUACCAAAAUCACAGUGGACAUCGGGACACCAAGCUAGCAUUUCGGUACACUAAUAAGAGACCUGAAAAUGGCCAGGGACCUUUGCUGUGCAUCCCUGCCAAUCUGCUGGGCUGGUCCCUUUCAUUCUUAACAAACAGAAUGAUAGGCCCCCUUCAUUCAUCAUUCAGAUGCCUUUCCAGAUGACCAGGACGAGUGGGAUAUUUUGCCCCCAACUUGGCUCAGCAUGUGACUUCUUAGCUCUACAAGGUGUUUGUAAAUGUAGAAAACAUCAGCCUUUGGGGGAUUCUUGGUAUGUUCACGGUGUCACCCCAAAGAAUCAGUAUGCAGCCCGAAAUUUGGUGACUGUGGGACUCAUUCCCAGUGAUAAACUGCUAAUUUGUUGUGAAAUAGGUAAGAAUUUCGCUUUAAAUUGUGGUAUUCUUAUUACUUUAUGAAAAAUCGGAGAGUGCUGCUGAAAUCGGAUUGGUGUGAUGUUUUUUGUUUGCAUAUUUUAACAGAAAAACACAAUCUCAACCAUUCUCCUUUUACCCCGCCCCCCACCUUCUUUUAGUGGUAUGCAACUACUAUAAUCACUUGUGUGUGGGGGGGUGUAUGUGUGUGUGUCUGUCUGUCUGUCUUUUCUUAGCAAGGAGAUUUUUAAAACUUGAGCCUCAGACCUUUUGCCCUGCUAAUGUGUGAAUUCCAAGGCAACAUUAGUCACCAGAGCAAAAGUCUUGGGUGUUCUCACAUUCAGUGGCCUUUCUCCAGAUUGUCUGAUUUCUGAAUGUAAAGACUUUU